UGUACGCGCGAUGUGUACACGGUAUCGACCGCGACGUAUGGUGUUCCCCGUCGCCGCUGCCCGCACGGUUUUCCGUCAACACCGCGAUGCUCUUAUUCGCCGACAUCGCAGCUAGUCGGAUGACGUCCACCGACAGCCGCGAUGACGGUGACGGCCCACGACCCGCGACCGCGGACGUGGCCGCGUGUCCGCCGGCCACCAGGCGUCAUCAGCUACAAUCGUCGGCCGUGAAGAAAAUCGACGACGGCGUCGUAGUGUGGGGCAUAACCAUCGGCUCCAACUGUCAGAUCGCGUUGCCCGUCUUCGGCACUCUUUUCUUGGUCGUCGGCGUGUUGCUCACAGUAAUAUCUUAUGGAUGGGUGACCGGCAGUAAUGAAGGCGAUUCGAAACGUAAGUUGUACACCACUUCGGAUAACGGACGAUUAUUAGGACCGAUAUGCUUGAUCGUGUCGGUGGUAAUGUUCAUCGCGACCGCAGUACUCCGAACAAUCAGCACGAAUGCACGUUUCCGGCAGACCCGCGUCGGAUUCCAUUGUCCCGUCCACGGAGACUUCUUUCCCAUCAGCCCCGGGCCCGACCCGAGGAAAUUCUCCUUUUCUAUGGAAAACAUCGCGGAAACGCCUUGGAUUUGCAAGUGUUUGAAACGGUUUAAAGCGGAUUCGCAGGAAACUUUGGCCGCCGAUGACUCACCUCCGCAAUGUCCUCAUCACGGCGUGCACGGAAGCGUUCGAAGCCCGAGUCCGACAUCCACUUGUCCGACUCCGAAACCGUUUCUAAUAUUCACUGACUCUGCGCACGGAUCUGGCAAGGACCUAUACAGUGGAAACACAUUGUUCCCGGACGAACCGUUCGGCUCGAUUCGCUCUCUGUCGGUUCCUAACAACAACCUAACGGUGGCAUGUUUUCCCGUCCAAAGUGCCACCGACCAGUACUUAAACGUGCCUGGAGAAUCGUGGUCUCACAAGAGAUUGAGUUGUCCAAGUCUACCGUCCGCAGGGGAAGAAUUUCCACAGUCAACUCAUAAACCUUUAACACCACAGGUUGUGAAGGUGUCACGUGAAAUUAAAUUUGUCAUGCCUAUGGACAAUAAAUCAUAAGAAAUCAAAAACAUAAACAGUUUCUGCAAACUUCAGUUGCUAUUUCAACGGAUAGUGGCUUGUAUCUAUAAUUAAAAUGUAUAAUAUAUAAUAUUAAAUAACUUGUGAUUUUACAGAAUUGGGAUAAAUCUAUGUUUAAUAGGUAAUAAUAUACUUUAUAAAUAAGUUUUUUA